ACAGUCCAUAGCGCCCAGUCGUCUCAUCGAACUCUAGUUUAGCGGACGGCUCGCGGUCGUUUCCGCUCGCCUUUUACAAUGAAUCUGAGUGUUUUACAAGUCUUACUAGGCCUUGUGCUAAUAAAACAAUGCACUUCUUUAAAUAUAUUGGGUAUAUAUCCGUACCACGGGAAAAGUCACUUUCUUGUGUUUAGAGUAUUUCUACACGAAUUGGCUAAUAGAGGACAUAAUGUCACGAUAAUUUCACACUACCCGGAAAAGGACCCACCAGCGAAUUAUCAUGAUAUCAGCCUCGCCGGCACCAUGAAGAUCAUCGAAGAUAACACGCCCGUCGAAAAAUCAUACAUGACCUUAUUAGACGUCAGUGUGUUCUUGGGUACCAUUGGAACGGAAAACUGCAAAGUGAUGUUGGCAAAUAAACAAGUGCAAAAUCUAAUAAAACAAAAACCAAAGUUUGAUGUGAUUCUUGUGGAACAAUUUAAUACUGAUUGUGGUCUAGGGAUCGCGUACAAGUUGGGAGCUCCUGUUGUGAGCAUGUCUUCCCACACAUUGAUGCCCUUCCAUUAUCAAAGGCUAGGUAUCCCUUACAACCCAUCAUACACUCCUUUUCACUUCCUUGGUGGCGGAAGUAAACCCACACUUUACCAAAGAGUAGAGCGUGUUGUGUUUGACUUUUAUUUUAGAACAAUGUAUUCUUUAAUAACACAGCGUAAUGACCAACAGAUUCUGGCACAGUAUUUUGACGAUAUACCGCCUUUAGAAGAGUUGGCAAGGCAAAGUAAAUUACUUCUACUAUACCAACAUUUUUCUUUAACUGGGUCAACAUUGUACCCAGCUAAUGUAAUUGAAGUCGCUGGAUAUCAUGUGAAGGACGCGAAACCAUUAACAGGAGAUUUGAAGAAAUUCGUCGAUGAAGCAGAAAAUGGCGUUAUAUAUAUCAGUUUCGGUUCAGUAGUAAAAGCUGCUACUAUGCCGUCAGAUAAAGUGAAAGCUAUAUUGGACACAAUUAAUGAAUUACCUUACAGAUUUAUAUGGAAGUGGGAAGACAAAAUGCUCAAAUAUGACAAAAACAAACUUUACAUAUCAGAUUGGCUACCUCAAGUAGAUAUUUUAGGACACAAAAAAACUGUAGCAUUCUUAUCCCACGGAGGCAUGGGUGGCACAACUGAAGCUGUACACUUUGGUGUACCAAUAGUUGCAAUGCCGAUAGGAGGAGAUCAGCCAGCAAACGCAGCCGCUAUAGAAGAGAGUGGUUUUGGACUUGUAUUAGAAAUAAACGACUUAACCAAAGAAAAUCUACUAGCUUCAUUCAAGAAAGUGUUGAAUCCCAAAUUCCGUGAGAGAGUAAAGGAAAUAUCAAGUGCAUGGCACGAUCGCCCGAUGAGAUCUUUAGAUACUGCGAUUUACUGGACGGAGUACGCCGCGCGACAUCCCAAUUUCACUUUUAGGACUACUGCAGCCGACACGCCAUAUUACCAGUUCAUACAACUUGACGUGUAUGUAAUCUUUGCCGCCAUAUUAGCUAUAAUAUAUAUUAUAUUUAAAGCACUCAUAUACCUUUGUUGCGGAUCAAAGACCAAGAAAGCAGUAAAUAAAAAGUCGAAACGGCAAUAAAGUAUAGUUUUAAAAAGGAUACAAAAUUAUUUUGUAUUAGAUUGUACCUACGGAUCUCUGAUCACGACUUUUAUGAUAAAAAACAACAUUGUACUUAUCAAAAAAGUAUGUGUUAAAAUUAUGUCAAUAAUGAUUAAAUGUGGUUAUAAAAAGUAAUAUUGGUAAUCAACUGUGAGCUAGAUGAGAGUGUAACGAACACAAAUUUGUGUGUAUGAAUUUGUUAAAAACCCGUGAUAAAUAUUUAUUUAAUAUUAAAUUAUUUUUU